AUGCAGCAAAUGCAGAUUUUGGUUCCAAUCACAACGAUCGCCAUUCCUUUGAUCAUAUUGGUAACUAUUGUCGUCGGAGAAGUUUCCGUUUCUCAAGCUUUUCUCAACUUUACCGUUGCGAUCGCCUACACGCACACAAAGCUCUCAUCUUGCAAUAUCAUUUUCACAUCAAAACUCUACAAAAGCUAUUUGCUUCGUUUGAUUUUUAGAAUUUUGAGACGGAAAAUUCCCGUCAAUUUGAUUGUGCCGAGUCAAUUUACAAAGAGCAAUUUCGAGCGGACGAUCAUGCCAGAGAUGUCACGGGUCAAA